CGGCCGGUCAUUUAUCAUUCAUUCAACCUGAAGCUCGUCCACACACAACAAAUUUAUAAAAAUGGCCAGCGGAUCGACUACGCGUCCACGCCAGGGAGAAGUUAUACAGGAGUUCCUUGACGGCGGCUCUUAUAUCAGAGACAGCCUCAGGGAUGCUGUGACUGAACUUGACGAAAGACGAAACACCAAAGAGGAAGGGCAGAAGGCUGCGAAAGCGAUGGAAGCUUUGGAUUUGAGCAAGGCUGAAGGUUUCAAAGCCCAGGACGUCGAAUUCAUUGCUCAGCAGACAGGGCUGGACAAGAAGGACGCUGAGGAAGUUCUGAGAGCAGAGAAUGGCGACCUGAUCAAAGCCCUGUUGAAUUCAGUGCAACCUAGGCGAAGGGCGAACUCUUUGAAUGGUGAUGCUAUUCCCAAAUGAGACAAGGUCCAUUGGGCUAGAAGAUAGAAAAAACAUAGUAUAUACCCUAUCUGACAACAUAUAUGUACAAAAUAUAUCCGCACUACACCUCCUCCA